AUGGAUAACUGUCUGUAUUAAUGACUGCGCAGACGACGCCAAGGCGCGCACAUCGUUUGUGGAAGGAGGUCACGGUUCUAAUACCCAAAGGACCGACCAAACAAUACCCUGAUGUCGAGUGCUUGCAUUGCCACCUCCCGGUACAAAAUGUGCAGCCAAGUCGCGCGUUGUUGACUCACAUCGUGGCCUGCCCAGCCAUUUCCGAAAAUGAAGUGGCGUCGUUAUCGAGACCUGGAGAUGGAAAGGGCAGAAGCAGCAAGGCGUGCUCGACGCAGUCUUGGGAAGCGAGCCCGAAAGAGCAAGCGUCAACAACGAAGAGACCAGUGAUGAUGCUGCCCCUUCGGAACUAGAGCGAAAAAAAAAACUUUCCAGUACAGGAUCGCGCUAAUGUCCUAUUCGACAAACUUGGCAUUCCGCCAAAUAGAAAAUCAUGCUCUCUAGCAAGUGCUAUCCUGCAAGGUCGACCAGACCAUCUCACAUUACCAACACGUGCGGCACUUGGUGGCUCGUUGCUCAAGAAAGUGUACGCCCGUGAAAGAGAGGAAACUAUCGACGCGUGGAAGAAUGGAAAGCUUCUCGUUUUGGAGACGGAUGGGUGGACAAACAUUUCGGGCGAACACAUCAUGAAUUUCAUUUUAAGGGACCAAACUCUCGACCCCUGUACUAUAAAUCAGUGGAGAUAGGCGAGCUCUGAUACUCGGUGUGAUCAACGAAAUUGAAAGUCUCGUUGGUAAGGGAAAAGUUGUUGCUGUCAUUACGGACAGCCCGAGCACAAAGCGUGCUGCUAUGGACAUUUUGGAAGCUAAGCGACCCGGAUUACUUUGCGGUGGAUGUGGCUAACGCUAUGAACUUGCUGCUCAAGGACUUGAUGGGUAUCCCGUUUAUCAAGGUCGUCCUCGGCAAAGCCAGAACAUUGGCAAACUUUAUUAAGAGACUGUAGCGGACCUCUUAUCUUGCCCGGUCCGUUGGGCAAGCCGUAUAGCUCUCGCUGCGUCCGUCCUUCGUUGAAGUAAACACGUCCACACUGAUGGCUGUCAGCAACUACUCGUUGCCCCGCCGGAUCGUCCACUUAUAGCAGCGCGACCCUAUUUAUUAAAUGUAAUACAGACCUCGUUCACCUCC